AGCGCCCCCCUUCCCCCCCGGCCUCUCGGGGCUUAUCCAGCUCGCCAACCCAAGUCUUCGGUCCGUAUCGGUUGGAUCGCGGUGCGAUUGUUUUCCGAUCUGUCACCCUCGGUUGGAUCGCCCGCAACUCCUGUUGGUUGCGCUAAUACCAGCCUACACCACCACCACAACCACCACCACCACCCGUGCCUCUCCCCUCCGCACACCCCUCCGCGCAUACCUCCGCGCAUAACCAGACCAGAUACGCAGUGCGCCGACCGGCUGAAAUACGCAGACGCCACGCGUCGAUUGACCGCAUCUCGUCGCGGCGGUUAGACACCCGACACAUCGCCAUUGCCGCAUUGCGAGCCACUUGCGCAGCCUCUUCUCCCUCUUCCGAGACCAUACUCUAGAUCGCUCGUCCGUAGCCGUCCGGGAUGGCGUCAAGGCAUCAUGACCCCAAGCUGUUAUACGCCAUUCAAGGCGUCUCGGCCUACCACCUCGCCUACGGCAGAGAAGAAUCGCUCACGCCCGCCGGGCCGCAGACGCUGUCGCUGCUGAUGGUCCCGACGUCCUCUCCCCUCGCCGACCCUACCUCCGAUAACCCGGACGAAGCGGCCCCCGAAGAUUUCUAUCUCCAUCUUCACCUACCGCCCGAAUUGGACCUUCCGCUGCCCGCGACCACCCAGAUCUACCAUAAACCGCCCACGAGCUACCUCAUUCCCCGCUGGGAUCUUGGCCCUGACAGCGGUGCUUUCACGCGAAUCGAACUGCCCCCUGUCGGUAGUCGCAAGGGCCUUCAAGAAGAUGUGGAUACUUUUGAAACCAUCCUGGCGCAAUGCACCGCUUUUCUCGAGAGGGCGCCUCCCCCCAGGACUACCAGUCCGGAGAAAGAGAAGAAAAAAUCAUCGUCGUCGAAAAUGUCCAAGUCAAAGCCUGCAACCGCAGAGAAACUUCCGGCGUACAAUCCCGCCUCUUACAAGCCCGGCGAGGGUUACGUAAAGGGCAGCCAAAGCUCCCAGCCGGGCGGCGUGAUCGUGUUAAUAGAUGAAGAAGACGGCAGCGUCAUCGGGGAGCUAUCGGAGUCGUACCAGGUCGUCGAGUCUGGGGUGAAGCCAGGAUCUAAAGAUCCUGUGGAGAUUACCCUUCCCGAUGAAGGGACAAACAAACUGGCCGUGGUCCCCGCGUCGCCGGAGAUGAUAGAGAUGGAAUUGCACCCUGCCUACCAAAAGUCUUUCCUGGUGUCGAAAGCGGCAUACGCCUCCCGGUUAAUCAUCACAACCUCGGACCUCGUAUCCAACGUGAUGCAGAGCGGGACCGACACCUUUGUCAAAAACACUAAGCCCGUAGGCAAGCCGGUGACCUUCACGCCGUCGACACACGAGCACGUCCGCCGGAUCGGCAAGUUCUCGGGUGGCGUGGCGGACUUGUCGACCAAGACGGUUGGGCAGGUCACCAAGUUGGCCCAGAAUGUUGGGGCUACUAUCGCGGGGCGGGGCGUGAAAGAGGGCAAGAGGGGCUACGGGCCCGACGGCAAGCCGCUCGAGUCGUUCAAGCCCGGAUUGCUCAACAAGAGCCUGAUGGCAUUCACGACGGUCGCGGACGGAAUCGACCACGCGACACGCAACCUCUUGACGUCGGCUUCGUCGUCGGCAACAAACAUGGUCACUCACAGGUGGGGUAGCGAGGCGGGCGAGCUAUCGAAGCAUCUGGGUGGCAGCGUCAAAAACGUCGGCCUCGUCUACAUCGACGUCACCGGCGUCUCGCGAAAGGCGAUUAUCAAGGCUGUAGGGAAGGGUAUGGUGGUGGGAAAAGUCAAGGGAGGAGGGGAGAUCAUUGUCGGGGACGACACCGCUGGGUUGGAGGCGGCAAAGAAGCCCGGCAUGCGGCGGGCCCAUUCGGCUGCUGCAGAGUCGGCGAGCGUCAGUGGCGCGUCGGGCAGCAAGGCACCAAACCGAUAA